AUGUCAGAUCAAAGCACCUCCGGGACAAAACGUGCUGGGGACAGUUAUUCCAAUCCAAUCAUUAUCGCAUCAUCUGAUGAAGAGACUUCCGAAGCAGACCUCGACGAUUUCGAGGUAUACAGAUUUCAAGGUGAAUGCAAUUUUACUUAUCCAUGGGAACCUCUUGAUGACGAUGAAACUUGGCAGAUUUCUCGUAUCAGUGCGGGGAUUGCCUACGCCAAAUACUGUCGUGACAAAGGAAAGACUCCUCAACAAACCGCUGACUAUCGUCUAUCCACUCGUUCAUCGCGCAUUGCAAUUCAUUCGAUGCAAGACGCAUCGAAGGAGGGCCUUGCUGAGAGGGUAUGGCGCACAGACGAUGAAGUAUGCUACCGGCUUCCAGUCCCACCAGUUGCUCACGGUUUUCGAGACAAGAACCCAUUAUGGUGGUACAACAAGACGCCUGCAGAGAUCAAAGCGGGCCCAUUUGCCACUGCCGAAGAGAUUACGACAGUUGAGAACCAACUCAAUGCUCUUGAACAAAAACGCGUGCGUAAAAGGCGCAGAACACUUCUUAUGCAGGCCCAGCUGCGGAUGGAACGCAAAUUGCAAGAAGGCCUUAGACGCACUACCCUUGGUUUGCCCAUGUGCGAUGAUUAG